CAUGCGCCUGCCGGCCGCCAGGUAGGCGAAGGCGGGCGGCGUGCAGCCGGCGCUCCACGCGCUCUGGAAGCUCCAGCAGCCCCCGAACCCCAAGCAUGAGCCGCCCAGAGGGCAGCCAGGGCAGCUGCAGCGGCCGUGCUGGAGGUGCUGAGAAGAAGAUGCUGAAGUGCGUGGUGGUGGGCGACGGAGCGGUGGGCAAAACCUGCUUGCUGAUGAGCUACGCCAACGACGCCUUCCCGGAGGAGUACGUGCCCACCGUGUUUGACCACUAUGCAGUUACGGUGACAGUGGGAGGCAAGCAACACUUGUUGGGGCUCUAUGACACUGCCGGACAGGAGGACUACAACCAGCUGCGGCCACUCUCCUACCCCAACACCGAUGUGUUUUUGAUCUGCUUCUCCGUGGUCAAUCCUGCCUCCUACCACAACGUCCAGGAGGAGUGGGUCCCAGAGCUGAAGGACUGCAUGCCCCAUGUGCCUUACAUCCUGAUUGGGACCCAGAUUGAUCUCCGGGAUGACCCCAAAACCUUGGCCCGUCUGCUGUACAUGAAGGAGAAACCCCUCACCUAUGAGCAUGGUGUGAAACUUGCCAAAGCGAUCGGAGCCCAGUGCUACUUGGAGUGCUCAGCCCUGACGCAGAAAGGUCUCAAAGCAGUUUUUGAUGAAGCACUCCUCACCAUCUUCCACCCCAAGAAGAAGAAGAAAGGCUGCCGGGCAUGUUGCAGUGGCUGUUCCGUUGUCUGAAGUGUCCUGACUGACAAGACCUCCAGCCCCAGUACAGGGCAUGACCAUACAGGAAGUCCUGCCCACCAGGAGAGUCCUCCACCUGCUAGCCAUCCUGAGCACAGCGCCCUGCCGACCAGCUGCCCUUUCCCACACUCCCUCAGGACCCUGCUGCACAAGGUGGAUGUGAGGUCAGAGGUCAUCCAACAGGGUCCAUCUCCGGCUCAUGAACUCAAGCUGAUAGGAAAUUGUCGCAGGAAAAUCAAAGGAGUGCUGGUUCCUGAACUGUGGCCUUAUUCCCUGUCUCCACAAAACCUGAGGAUACAACACUAACCUUUCCUCUUUUGCUCAUGUGUCUUAUAUGCAUUUAUAUUACAAGCAAUUGCCUAAUUUCCAACUUCCUCAGGCCUUAACAAAUCCAUACCAAAGUAGCCUAAGGACAUGGGAGUGGAUGGAUGUUCAUUGCUAUUUUCAGCAGGUUUCAACCAACUUAUGAGAAUCAAUGUGUGUUUCUGAAUGCCUGAUUGUAAGGAAACUUUAAAAACACUUUUAUAAAUUUACAGAGCCAUAAGUUUUAAACCUGGUGGGAACAAGACACUACGAUAUUGCAAGUCAACAAUUUUGCCAAAGAUUUUUAACCUAUAAAUUGCUUACAUUGAUAGGUGGCUGCUUUUUCCCAUAUCAUAUGAUCAUGAAAACUAAAGAUAAACUGUGUUUAAGAAAGUA